CCCCUCACAAUAAACUUUUCCGGCAGGGCUGGAUCCGCCGUGCAUGGGCGAACUGCACCGCUGUAAUUCCCCAUCCAUACGCCGCUAAACUACACACUUUUCGGGGGAAUUUCGGGAAGGUAACGACGACGUUAAGGGGCAGCUGAAGUUCUGGCCAAAACCAGCGUUUUUCUCGGCACUACCUCUUUGUCGUUUGUCUUUUCCUGGGACCAUAGGCUGCAUGUAAAUUGGUUCCAUAUGACGAUAUAGAGUCCCGACAUCGGCCCUAGAACGCUGUGCAGUGCUGGAAGCAUGGGGGCCAACAUCGUGGGGAAAUCUGGGUCUUACCGACCUAGCCUAGGAAAUAUGAGGUUAUGGAUGGCCACAGGGUUCCUUCUAUUGGCCCUUCUGGACGUCGCGUUAGCGGGUACACAAUGUUUGGGUUGCAGUGGCCAAAAUUCUUGCUCCUGUGUAGGGCAGAAAGGCAAUAGGGGGGCACCAGGACCAAUAGGACCUCAAGGACUACAGGGCAACCAGGGCUUCCCUGGACCAGAAGGACCAUAUGGGGAGAAGGGCAACAAGGGCGAACCCGGUGACCCUGGGCCCAGAGGGCAAAAGGGAGAUAGGGGCAAAAUGGGUGUCCCAGGCUUCCCAGGAUUGAAUGGUAUUCCUGGCCUACAAGGUUUACCAGGUGCUAUGGGCAUGCCUGGUCUAGAUGGCUGCAAUGGAACACAAGGAGACGCAGGUGGCCCAGGCUUACCUGGAGUUGACGGUUCUAGAGGACCACCGGGUAAAACUGGCAAGAAAGGAGCCAAAGGUGAACCUGGCUUGGCACUUGGUGGCACAAAAGGAGUGAAGGGUGACGCUGGCAGACCAGGUCUUGACGGAUUACCGGGUCCCCCUGGUUUAGAUGGACUCCCCGGCAACAGAGGAACUGCAGGUGAUCCUGGCUUACAGGGUGACAGAGGCGAAAAGGGAGACAAAGGCUUGAAAGGAUCUAUGGGCCUUGGCUUUGCUGGACAAAAAGGAGAACGUGGUUCGCCAGGUAAACCCGGACCUCCCGGUCCCAGUUGGAACUGGAGAACAGAGACAACCUCCAGGGGGAGCUAUUGGAGAGAAAGGACAGAUGGGAGAUAUGGGAAUCAGGGGUCCCACGGGUCCGAAGGGUCUGCCUGGUAACCCUGGUCCCCCGGGACCACCAGGACAGGUGAUUGGUGGAGGUGGAGGUACUGUCGGUUUACUCGGACCCAAGGGACAACCGGGAGAUCCAGGAUUGGCUGGACCACGG